AUGACGCAAGAUGUCACCGCUAGGUUGCCUGCGCCCACUUUAUCCUAUUCUUCCCCUCCCCCUUCACCCACCACGACCCCUCUCCACAACAUCUUUGCACCCGAUGUACACUCAACCCUCGACGGUCACCAGCUCGACCCCGACGACGACGACGACGACAUCAGUCCACCUUCACCUCAACGUCCCAUCAAGAAGCGACGUGAAUCUCUCGACCCAUACUCGAUCUUGGACUUGAAUGGGCAGACAACUAUCACCGCAGCUCGUUCCAAAGCUGUGUCAAGGCUGAGGAUAGGGUUACAGAUACAACAGUAUAUGAAAUUCGUUCGGUUCUCCCGAUCCAUCUUAAAGACGUUACCGAAAAAAACGAAAAAUCGUUCAAAACAUGAUGUUCAUGUCCCACUUGAAUGUUCCAAGAGGUUGAUCAGACUUGCCAAAUCGACCCGUGAUAAGUUGGCUGUCAUCUGUAAACACCGUUCCAAAGGUCCCAAAUGGGAAAAUUCAAGUGGUAAGAUAAUCUCGGCACCUUUAGAAUACGUAUUACCCACUUGGAAGUAUAAGCUUCAAAUAGCUCGUUCGAAUCGUCAUGAUGCUCAAGUAAUUCCUUUACAAGAAGACCAAGAGCAAGAGCAACAAGAACCCGAAGAGGAAGAAGAAGAAGAAGAGGAGGAAGAAGAAGAGACGAUAGAUAUGAUAAAACUUGGAAAAUUGGUUAAAAAAGCAAAGAAAUGGUCUACCGGUGAAAAGUUUUCUUCGGCCAUGUUGGAAGCUUCAAGGGUUUAUGGGCCUUUUCGUGGUGUGGGUUUGUGA